AGGUUGUAUCUUUCAGUAGGUUUUUUGGCAGCCGAUCGCGCGGAUGCGGCUAAAAACAAAGCGGGUUCAAUAAAUCUUCAAAAAAUCCACUGCAAGUGUAAAGCCAUUUGGCAAUUGACAUUUGGAAGGGGCCAUUCGAAAGGUGAGCUCAGGUAAUAAUGGCUGAACAGAAGCAGCUGGAAGUAAUUGCGAAUGAAACCUCAUCAGUCACCGGAUUGAGACGUCAGCCCACCAAAUAUCCCCAUGGCCUCAACAUCACGGUGCAAACGAUCGACGAUGAUAUUGAGGGAUCUCUGAAAGAUCACAGUGACUACUCCCGCACCUCCGGCGAAUCGUGCUGGAGCGAGACUCAGAAAUACCACAUUGGAAUGCUGGGAAGUCCCGAAACGCUGGCCGAACUUCAAGUUCGUCGGUAUAAGUAUCCAUUGACGGCUAAUUAUUAUCUGAAUGGCAAGUUGAACAGCCCAGAGAAGCCAACACCCUGGAUGAUGUUGGGCUAUGCUCGACGCGCCUGCAGGUGGAAAUAUCUGCGAUGGCCCAUCAUUUUUGUGGCCAGUGUUUUGCUGUUCUUCGGACUGAUCACCUACUGCCUAUGGCUUCACGAUGUCAGUGUGGCUAGAGCUAAAUUCCUACAGCGUCGCUAUGAGGCAACUUUGACAUCCACGAGUUCGAGUAGCAAUGAAGCUUGGGAUGAGGAAAUCACCAGCACCACCGAAAGGGAACCCCAGGAAACCACACGACUCAAAGCGGUGGAUGAGAGUGGGGAAAACACGGAUUUGCCUGAAACUUAUUUUGCGGAGGACGGCGAUCCGGAGGACGGUGGUGAUGGGGAUUACGAUGACACCUUGCUGCCGGCGGAUAGUAUUAGAUUCACCUCCGGACAUCAAAACAGCUUUGGAGUGCCCAUCGAACAGGACAAGAGAAUGCUGCAGUUGCUCAAAGACUUACUGCCCAAACCCCAGGCGACUCCUGCUGGCGAUGAGCAUCCUUUGACCCGGGUGUCCCCCACCCUACCGCCCCCCUCGGCGAACGGAGGACGACCCACGCAGGCAAUGACCUUGACCACCCCCUCAACGACGAACAGCGGCUGUCAGUCGACGAUGCUGCCCAUGUGCCAGGGCGUGCUCGACUACGAUCUGACCUCCAAUCGAGAGGGAACAGCGCCGCGGGAUGCGGCAUCCAUGGCAGCCUACGAGGAGCUCAUCCGGUCCAACUGCUCGGCGAGGGCGGCGGAAUUCGUUUGUGGCGCCCUGGAACCAGAGUGUCGGCCCCUGCACAUCGGACAGCUGCCGCCCUGUCGUCGCAUCUGCAAGGCCAUUUUAGAGUCCUGUUCCAUAGCGAUUGCCAACUCGGAUGUCCUGAGCGAACUCUUCGAUUGUAGCCUAUAUCCCGAUGCCCAUGAGAGCCACAAAUGCGAGGAUCCCACAAGGAGGCGGGAUUAUUGCUAUGGAAAUGAGUUCCAAUGCCAUGAUGGCAGUUGCAUUCCCCAAAACUGGCAGUGUGACAAGAUCAAGGAUUGCCUAGGUGGCGAAGAUGAGGAUGAGCAAUGUCUGGUUUGCGAACAGGACGAGUUCCGCUGUCGCUCGAAUGAGAAAUGCAUCGCAGAAAACUUGCGUUGCGAUCUGAACUUUGACUGUUUCGAUGGGAGUGAUGAGGAAGACUGCGAUGACUACGGAUCGGGGGACUUGGCGCCUUUCGAUGAGGCCGAACUGAAUGCCUUUCCAAGAGUCUUUUCCUACGCCAGUUUUCUAUCACCAAAUGAGACGAACGAUAAGCUAUAUACCUAUAUCACUGCCGCAACCGAUGAGGAUGCGGGCACGGAAACCAAGUUCCAAAUACAUCAGGUGGCUGCUCCAGCUCCCCCGGUAAAUUCGAGUGCUGAGGAACCCGUUGGCGGUCCCAAAGGUUUUGUGAACUUUCGAGACAGCAAGGAGAUAAUGAUGACCAGCGAUUCCGAGACAAAAUUCAAAUAUUCGCAGAGAAAUCGAACAUCUGUUAAGUUCAGCAUGGCAGCAACCACAACUCCGGCAACAAGAACGGCGAGUGCGAUUCCAAGCUCGGCGUUGACUCAGCAGCGGGAAAGAGAUAGAGCCACCAGCACCACUAGCACCACUAGUACUACCAGCACCACUUCAACCACAAUUAAUCCACCCACGACAAUGCCCACGCCCACCGAAGUUGUGACAGCUCCAGGUGGUUGUCCUCCUGAUGAACUUCGCUGUGUGAGUGGCAAGUGCAUCACAGUCAGUCAAUUAUGCGAUAAGCAAAUCGAUUGUCCCGAUGCUGCUGAUGAAAUUAUGUGCGUUUAUCGGGAACGUCCAAUUGGGAGGCGGCCCACUUCCACUACUUCCACCAGUUCAACCACAGAGCCACCGACAACAAGUACUCCAGCACCACCAGAAACAAGUACUGCAACAACCAAUAUUCCGGUGGCCAGUACAAGGCGUUCGUUGAGAACCAUGCCCAAUCGAAGUCGAAAGCCCAAGUCUUAGAGUGAUGAAUCUUGUACCUAAUGAUUAUUUAUAUCUCUUUCUUAUUUCUCUCCACUUGUAUUUUCUUUCGCUCGCUAUAUGUAUGAUACAUUAUAUAUAUGUAAAUCUUUUUUAGUGCUUAAGUCGUUUAGUGAUUAGAGUUGUUUAACUAUUGUUAUGUAUGUGAAAAUUGUAUUUUUAGCAAUGAAUAAAGUUUAAGACGUGA